AUCAUUGUAAUUUAUUAAGCUAAAUAUUAUUUAGAAGUGUUGGUCUAUACAAGCUGUACAGUUUAAAUAAUUAAUUUUAUUUGGUAAUCUAUCGCUUUAGGUCCGUAAAAUCGGCAGAGGCUAGAGUCCUUUGCAAAUUCACUAAGAGCUUCAAAAAACUUCUUGAAGUGUUGCAGCUUUGCUGUAAAGUUCAGUACUUUAAAAAAUUAUUAUGGAAACAGAACGUACUAAAAAGUGCAGUGAAAAUUAUCUUAACCUACUGAAGGAAUUUUCUGAACCUUCAGUCCCACUUCUGAAUGGUCAUGUGGCAUACCAGGUGUAUCAAUCCAACGGUGCACCUAUGGUAAAAGUUAGUAAUAAUUUGUCGGUACAAAAUAACCUGGUCUGUGAAAAUGAUAUAGCAGGUUAUCGGAGAGUUGCAAAUGCAGUUAGGAAAUUAAUGUCUGUGAUCAAGCGCGAUAGAAGAACGGGUAACAGAUGUUGGGAUAAACUGGUUAGCUUCAUGCAUACUCCUUUCUCUGCUCAGCCCUUACCAGACUAUUCAAAGUUAUUGAAGGAUGAAAUGUCUAGUGAAAUGACAGGGGGUAUUCCAAGUAUGGAGGACGGUCAGUUAACAUUUUUGGACGAACACAGUUAUUUUAUUUCUGGUGGUGAUGUGUGUACAGAAGUGCCCAAUUCUACAGAAGUGGAAAAUAAAAUUAGUGCUGAGGUAAAACAUGAGCCGGUAAUGGAAAAGAGUGCAUUUUUUAAAGAUAAAAGAGAUUUUGUAGAGAAAAUAAAACAGAGUGAGACAUUAACUGGUUAUAGAUUAAGGGGUAAUAAGUGUUCAAGAUGUGUUAUUAGAAAUCAGUCAAUACGCAUGUAUAAGGAGAGGAUUAAAAAACUUAGAGAGGAAACAACAGCAGGCAGAGUUUUAAAAUUUCAAUAUUUGAAAGGACAAUUGAGAAGGAAAAGUCUGCAGAUACAGAAUUGGAAAGCAAAGUAUGUACUCGAAAGAAAUAAGAAUCAACGAUCAAAGCAACAUACUGGCAAUGAUGAUGGAAAAGUUAAAGGCAUGGAUGAAAAAACUAAGGAGUUAAUGAUUUUAAGAAUUCAAAAUACUAAAUUACAGAAAAAAUUUCAAGUUGUGUCUGACCAUCAUUUACAAGUUAUAAGGGAAUUAAGGAGUCAGGUUGAAACUGCCAAGAGUGAGACAACUAGGUUACAGACAGAAAACAGCAGGCUUGCAUUACAAAUUAAUGAGCUUAUGACAGAAAAGCUUAAAACAAUGAAUAAUGUUUAACAGGCAGGACUAUGACAAAUUGUUAGAUUCCUUAUAAAUAACGAGGAGUCAAGUAUAAUAUGCAGUCUUGUAAAAUAUUUAUGGUUUAAUUAAAGCGAAAUAAUGUAGAUUUUCUUUUCAAUUUAGCUUAAUUUCUCAUAAAUAUAUUCACACAGACCUAA